AUGGAUAAAUUGGAUAAACACAAAAGUUGUGGGAAAUGCAUUGAAUAGUUUGAAAUCAAUAAGGCAAAGUAAGAUGGAACAUUCAAAGAACAUAAAACAAAAAUUCUUGGAGUAUUUAUUAUUAUUCACAUAAGUCAAGACCUAUGGCGAAAUUCAUAAUGUAUGACGGCGAGGGAAAUUAUUAAAAAAAGCUGAAUCAAGGUAUAUAUUUUAAAUAAAUUGAGAGCAUUAAAAUCACAAAGUUUAGAUUGAUAUGACAUGGAAGAACGCAGAGAUGGAAGUAGGCAAAGAUAAAGAUAAUGAAGAAUAAUUGAUAAAGGAGUCCUAAAGUUUAGUAUUACCUAAAAUAUAUCAUCAUAAAGUAAAUAAUAACUCAUAUUUUAGUAAGUUCAUGAUUUCAAACCUAACAAUCCUAUUCCCACUUAAGGUAUNUGA